GUGCAACAAAACAACACCACCAUACCCUAUCUCUCCCUACUUUGGGCACCUUAAUCAACCAAAUCCAUGACAACAUUAAACAUAAACAAACUUAUCUUAAAUCAUCAUUAACCACCCAUGCCAUUCCCAUAAUAUCCCAAGGACACAACCGUCAUUGCACCCUCCCCAUUUCCUAGCCAUUCCACACACCUCUUCACAUGCACAACACAGAAGACAGAUUCUGCGGAAAUCUACCACGAACGAAACCCUCUCUCUCUCCUGUUUCCAUUUCCAAGCGUAUUUGACUCUCUUACCUUCAAUUCCAGGGUCCCCCAUUUGUAAAUUCUUCUCUAUUUAGGGUUUUUUCUUCACCCCCAAAUCCUUUUCAUCUCUAUAUAUUAUAAAAAAACUGUACAUACGCUGCACCCAUUUCAAUAUUUCAAUUUGUUUUAAUUAUUCAAACAAUUUCCAUUUAUUUUUCUCUGUAUAGACAUAGGGAAAUACUUUUCCUCUGUUUGACUCGCUUUCUCUUCUGAAAUUGGGAGCCACCAUAACAGUAGUUUGCUCACUCAUAAUCAUUGGGGGGUUUGCAUAGGUUUCUUCUGCAGAAGAAUCAAAUCUAAUUGUUGGGUAUUUUUUUUCCUUAAAUUUUUAAAAGGGUGUAAAAAAAAAAUUGUUACUUCCAGUUUGGGGUUGAAAACCCUAAUUGUAACCUUUGAAAGAGAAGGAGGAGGAGGAGGAAGAAACACUGAACCUUUGUUUCAUGGCGGUUUCUACUAUAGCUUUAUACGCGAGUCCACCGAGCAGUGUGUGUUCCACGCCGUACCCUUGCCAGAUAAAUGCUCACGCUUCCUACGACUUCGAAUUGGGGUCCCGAUCUUCGUCGUCGGCGACCGCAACGACAACGUCGACGUCGCAGAAGCCGGUGAUGGGUGGUCUUUCGUGCCUAUUUUCCUCUCCGGCGCCGGCGGUGAAGCACGCUCCGUUGUCGUCGAGUUUUUCCGGCGCCGGCGAGGAAGACGAGUUGAAGGAACUGAGUAGUUCCUUUUCGUACUCGCCGAGCAAGUUCGGUGGGUCUUCAUGGAAGAGGGAUCAGAGUCCCGUGUCGGUGUUUCAUGGUCCUGUUUCGUGUAGCAGCACGAGGAGUUCAACACCUGUGAGGAUCAGGUGUGAAAGGGGCGGCACGUGUGGGUUGUUUGACGGGUUUGUGAGGAAUGCGUUGGGGUCUUCUUGUUUGGAUUAUGAUUCUCCAAGUUUCAGUGUUCGUGGGGGUGAUUUAGACGCUGGUGAUUCUUCUGCUUUGGUUGAUGAGUUGACUUUCAAUUUGGAGGAUGCUUUUGUGGAGGGUGGAUUUGAGCCCUAUGCUAAGAAGUUGCUUUUGGGGGCUCAGUUGAGGCACAAGAUCUUCUGUGAAGAGUUUGUUAUUAAGGCCUUUUGUGAAGCUGAGAAAGCACAUAGAGGGCAGAUGCGAGCUAGUGGGGAUCCCUAUUUGCAGCAUUGUCUGGAAACUGCUGUGUUACUGGCUUUGAUAGGUGCCAAUUCCACUGUUGUGGCUGCGGGGCUUUUGCAUGACACGCUUGAUGAUGCUUUUCUGACUUAUGAUUAUAUAUUUGGGAUGUUUGGCGCUGGAGUUGCUGACUUGGUUGAAGGGGUUUCUAAGCUGAGUCACUUAAGCAAGCUGGCCCGAGAAAACAAUACAGCUAGCAAGUCAGUUGAAGCAGACCGCUUGCAUACCAUGUUCCUUGCCAUGACAGAUGCAAGAGCCGUCCUCAUUAAACUUGCGGAUCGGCUACAUAAUAUGAUGACACUAGAAGCAUUGCCAGUGGCCAAGCAACAGAGGUUUGCAAAGGAGACUCUGGAGAUAUUUGCACCUUUGGCCAAUCGCUUAGGAAUUUCUAGUUGGAAGGAACAAUUAGAGAAUUUGUGUUUUAAGCAUCUCAACCCAGGCCAGCAUGAGGAGCUUUCAUCAAAGCUUGUGGAAUCGUAUGAUGAUGCAAUGAUUACUUCUGCAAUAGAGAGAUUGGAGCAAGCACUUAAAGAUGAAGGCAUAUCUUAUCAUGUCAUUUCUGGUCGGCAUAAAAGCUUGUAUAGCAUAUAUUGCAAGAUGUUAAAGAAGAAACUAACCAUAGAUGAUAUCCAUGACAUUUAUGGGCUGCGCUUGAUUGUUGAUGACGAAGAAGACUGUUAUAAAGCCUUAACAGUUGUUCAUCGGUUGUGGUCUGAGGUACCUGGAAAGCUGAAAGAUUACAUAUGUCGACCCAAGUUCAAUGGUUAUCAAUCUCUGCAUACUGUGGUGAUGGGUGAAGGCAAGGUUCCCCUUGAAGUACAAAUUCGAACAAAGGAUAUGCAUUUACAAGCAGAAUUUGGAUUUGCUGCUCAUUGGAGAUACAAGGAAGAUGAUUGUCAGCAUUCAUCAUUUGUGCUUCAGAUGGUUGAGUGGGCUCGAUGGGUUGUCACCUGGCAGUGUGAAACAAUGAGUAGAGAUUGUUCAUCUGUUGGAUAUGCUGAUUCAGUCAAGCCCCCAUGCAAGUUCCCUUCCCAUGCCGAUGAUUGCCCAUAUUCUUAUAAGCCUGAUUGUGGUCACGAUGGGCCCGUCUUUGUCAUCAUGAUUGAGAAUGAUAAGAUGUCUGUCCAAGAAUUUAGUGCAAACUCAACAGUCAUGGAUUUGAUGGAAAGGGCUGGAAGAGCAAGCUGUAGGUUGACAACAUAUAGGUUCCCUCUGAAGGAAGAGUUGAGGCCAAGGCUGAAUCAUAAGCCUGUAAGUGAUCCUAAUUGCAAGUUGAAGAUGGGUGAUGUGGUUGAACUCACACCAGCCAUACCUGACAAGUCUCUCACAGAAUAUAGGGAAGAAAUCCAGCGUAUGUAUGAUCGAGGGCUAACCGUGUCAAGCACAGGAAAUGCUGCAAGCACCAUGGUUGGCUCAAGAAGUUGACCCUUGCUUGGCUUUCACACAUAUAUUCCAACUUAGUAUUAUUUAGUGAUAGUAAUGUAUAUACAUAUAUUUGUACAGAACAACUAUAUAUUACUACUGUGAACUUGCUAACUCGAUUCAAUUAUGUGCUCAAUGAUUUGAUUUAUGUAGCUCGUCCAAUGCUCCUCAUAAAUUAAUUACAUACAAUUUGGAUUCUCGAGUUCAACUUUUAUUCUGUAAAUCUUGCAUUCAUUAAAUAGUUUUAUGUUAUUUGUGGGAUCAUUCCAGAGGGGUUAAAGAGCCUUAUUUGCAUGGAGUUGAGAAUGUCUUUCUAAAAUUAGGAGUGCAAUUUAAUGUAUAGAGUUAAUAUUAUUAAUUGAAAAGUUAAGUUUGUCAUGCAUACAGUUUUAGCGUAAUUUCAUUUAUCGAAUUUUGAAUACAACUAUUAAGUGUAGUUCUUCAUCUAGAAGAGCUAAAUCUCAUAUAGAUGCGUACCCAAUUCCUCACACGUGGUAAUCCAGAAGGCGUCAAUCCCCGAAUUUUAUAUCAUUAUUCCAUCCUUUCUACUUCGUAACGAACAAGUGAAAUUAUACUACUAAGCACGUCGUAGGUAGCGUACAUAGAGCGGCAGCUACAGUUGUGGUUGUUCUUGCGUAAUGGAAUGUUAAGACAAGUUGCAAUCGCAUAAGUAAAACAGUCUUACUACUUUAAUAAAAUUCUUUCGUAUUAAAUGCAAAUUUGACCAGUUACAAUUGCAAUUAUACACCCCUACAAAUUUUCUUUACACACAUUGAACUGAAUCCUUUAACGAAGAAACGGUGUUGUAAAAAUUCAUCUCCGUAGAACUACUCAAACUUGAAUUCAGAACUUGCGAGGCAUCUAGCUGAGGUGACACUUGUGUUAGGAAUUUAAAACGUACACAUAUUCUGAGUCUCACUAUUUCUAACAUGAGUCGUUUCAGAAUUAUUGCUCGCAAUUCGCACGUGUUAUGACCAUACAUGCUCUUACUGAAUCAUCCAAUUCUAAAUGAUAACAAAAUU